AAAAAUUAGCACGUGUAAAAUACACAUCUUGCUAUAAUGCUAUCUAUCAAAUGACACACGGCGGCGCACAGGCGCCGACACAGUGAUUGGAUCAGAAAAAACCUCGCAGUGGGAGAGAGGGAGAUGGAGGGAGUGGAGCACCGGACGGUGAGAGGGAUCGGCGGCGACAUCCACGUGGCAGUGAAAGGACCCGAAGGCCGCGUGGUCGUGCUACUCAUCCAUGGCUUCCCCGAGCUGUGGUAUUCAUGGCGGCACCAGAUCUCCGGCCUCGCGGCCCUCGGCUUCCGCGCCGUGGCUCCUGACCUCCGCGGAUGCGGUGACUCUCACGCUCCUCCAGAGAUAUCCUCCUACUCCCUCUUUCACAUCGUCGAAGAUCUCGUCGCCGUCAUCUCCGCCGUAACCGCCGACGACGACGAGAGGGUCUUCGUCGUCGGUCACGAUUGGGGCUCUGUAUGUUGAAGAAAACAAAUAUACCAAGAAAGGAAAGAAGGAAAUAGAUCACAUAAAAUUACUUAUUAUUCAAAUUAAAUCAAGAAUAAAUAAAAAUUUGCACUAAUUAAGAUCAAUCUAGUCAUUGAAAAUCAUUCAUCAUUACCUCAUUAUAUAUUUCAUGGAGUGUGGAUAUUCUAAUUGAUUACUUUUCUUAUUCAUUGUA